CUUACGAUUGUGAACGUUUGCAGUUAGUUGGACGGAUUAGAAGAAAGUAUUUUGUUCUUGCCUAGGGUUUCAAGACGGGGACGAAGUGAUGGUUCAAUUUCAUUCUGCAAAUACACAGAGACACCUGCCGAGGCUACAAGUAGACACACAGCCUCUUCCUCUUCCUCUUCCAGACUGAAUCUACACAUCGCAAAUUCUCUUCCAGAAGGGCGAAUUGACAGUCGGGCUGUGAAUAGCGACGGAAUCUUUGAUUUGAUUGACGAUGGCGGGUAGAGAAGGCGCGUCUGUAGUGCCGAUGGACACUCCCAAUGCUGUUGGAGGGUUGAAGAAGAAGGGGACGGGUUCCAGAAGUUGGAUUUUGAUCGAUUCAUCUGGCCAGGAAAUCGUACUCGAUGUAGAUAAGUACGCAAUCAUGCACCGCGUGCAGAUACACGCUCGUGAUCUUCGCAUUCUCGAUCCUCUCUUGUCUUAUCCCUCUGCAAUCCUCGGCCGUGAGAGAGCCAUUGUUCUCAAUUUAGAGCAUAUCAAGGCUAUCAUCACAUCGGAGGAGGUAUUGCUUCGUGAUCCAUCGGACGAUAAUGUUGUUCCCAUUGUGGAGGACCUUCGAAGGAGAUUAAAACCUGCCAUUACCAAUCAGGAAGACAAUGCAGAUGGCAAUACAGAUGGCAGGGAUAUGCCUAUGCAGCCUGAUGUUGAAAAUGGCGAAGAAGAUGAUUCGCCCUUUGAGUUCCGUGCCCUUGAGGUAGCACUAGAAGCCAUUUGUAGUUACCUUUCCGCCCGCACAAUAGAAUUGGAGUCUGCUGUUUACCCGGCUUUAGAUAUGCUUACGUCAAAGAUUAGUAGCCGUAACUUGGACCGUGUACGGAAGUUAAAGAGUCAGAUGACUAGACUAACUGCUCGUGUACAAAAGGUCAGGGAUGAACUGGAACAACUAUUGGAUGAUGACGAUGACAUGGCAGACCUUUAUUUAUCCAGAAAAUUAGCCAGUGCAUCGCCUGUGAGUAGCUCUGGUGCUGCCAGUUGGUACCUUGCGUCACCUACCAUUGGUUCUAAGAUAUCUCGUGCCAGUAGAGCAAGUGUUCUAACAGUUCGCGGAGAUGAGAAUGAUGUCGAGGAACUUGAAAUGUUGCUUGAGGCCUACUUUAUGCAAAUCGACGGCACGUUCAACAAAUUAACCACGCUUCGUGAAUACAUUGACAACACUGAAGAUUAUAUAAAUAUCCAGCUUGACAACCAUCGAAACCAGCUCAUUCAGCUCGAGUUAUUUCUUAGUUCCGGAACCAUGUGCCUCGCCCUAUAUUCUUUAGUGGCCGGUAUCUUCGGUAUGAACAUCCCCUACACAUGGAACGAUGAUCACGAUUACAUGUUCAAAUGGGUGGUUAUAUUGACUGGCAUUAUGUGCUUAGUUGUGUUCGCAUUCAUAAUGUCGUAUGCUAAAUACAAGGGGCUCGUCGGAUCCUGAUUUUCUUGAAAUCCAACGGGAAUCUCCCGCCGGAAUUCCAUUUUUUUAAUAUCGUAGGAAUCCGCGAUCGCUACCCGAAAGUGUAUUCUUGCAUGUAGAGAUGAUGGUUUGUGGAUUUUUCUAGUGCUAUUUUUAUAGCUUGGGUGAAAACAAAUGGUUGAAUUUAUGAAGGAGGAUAAAUUUAGAUUUUGUGUUUUAGAUGAAAAUUGUUGUCAAUCUUUAUUUACUUGUAUAUAUUUGUUUUUUAUUUUAUUUUAUUUUAUUUUAUUCUA